GCUCCUCCUCCUGCUCCUGCGGGGGGAGGGUUCAGACGCACCGGCGGUAUUUAUUGACUUUGUCGCUCUCAGAAAGCCAACUGAUAACCCGCUUCACACGCAAACGCACACAUUUACUGGUCCUAACGCAACGUUUUCAGCGAUGGAAGGCAUUGAUUUUGCAUAUGACUUUUUUGACAACAGUACUGACAACAUCUCAGAGGAGUCUGGAGACUUCGACCCGGACUACCAGGAGCCAUGUGGCAGCGCUCUCAGCAGCGACUUCAACAAAAUCUUCCUACCUACGGUUUACGGAAUAAUCUUUGUCCUUGGGAUCAUUGGCAAUGGAUUAGUUGUUGUUGUCAUGGGCUACCAGAAAAAGGUCAAGACCAUGACGGACAAGUACCGGCUGCAUCUCUCCGUGGCUGACCUCCUGUUUGUCCUCACUCUGCCCUUCUGGGCCGUGGAUGCAGUCAAAACCUGGUACUUUGGAAGUUUCCUCUGUGUGUCUGUGCACAUGAUCUACACAUUGAACCUGUACAGCAGCGUGUUGAUCCUGGCCUUCAUCAGUCUAGACAGGUACUUGGCAGUGGUACGGGCAACUAACAGCCAAGCCACAAGGAAGCUGCUGGCGAGCCGGGUGAUCUACGUGGGUGUGUGGCUGCCUGCAGCCAUCCUGACUGUACCUGACUUGGUGUUUGCCAGGGUGCAGAAUGUGGGGUCUUCCAAGUUUCUCUUCACAGACGAAAGUGUAGAGACUGCAGACUCCAGGACUAUCUGCCAGCGCAUCUACCCAGAGGCAACCAGCCUCAUAUGGACAGUUAUAUUCCGCUUCCAGCACAUCCUGGUGGGCUUCAUUCUGCCCGGGUUGGUCAUCCUCAUCUGCUACUGCAUCAUCAUUGCCAAGCUCUCGCAAGGUGCCAAGGGCCAGGCGCUGAAAAAGAAAGCUCUGAAGACCACAGUCAUCCUCAUCCUGUGUUUUUUCUCCUGCUGGCUUCCCUACUGUGUUGGCAUCUUUUUAGACACCCUCAUGAUGCUGAAUGUCGUCCCCGUCUCUUGUGGACUGCAGCAGGCAGUGGAGAAGUGGAUUUCUAUUACUGAGGCGCUGGCCUAUUUUCACUGCUGCCUAAACCCCAUCCUCUAUGCUUUCCUGGGAGUCAAGUUUAAGAAAUCAGCCAAGAGCGCUCUGACACCCAACAGCAGAUCGAGUCAGAAAGUGACUCUCAUGGCCAAAAAGCGUGGGCCAAUUUCAUCUGUGUCAACCGAGUCUGAGUCUUCAAGUGUUUUGUCGAGUUAACUAACGGUCAACCUCAGAAUCCCGGACUUCAAACUCUCAGGAGAGAACAAAAGUUAAGCUUUAAUUUCAAAGAACUUACUACAUUUUUGUACACAUGUAAAAAAGAGUUUUUUUAUACUUUUGGAUUUGUUUGCUUUGUUUACUGCAAUUGUGUGUCUGAUGAGGGUAUUUUUAAUAGAAUUUUUUGCCAGUUUUUUUGUUCCUUAAAGCAGAUUGUGUCCUCAGGCGGCGCCUCAUUUCCAUUCAUUCAGCUUUACAAUCAAGACCCAUUAUGUGUGUUUUCAUCUUUACAGUCUGUGAUGCGGUAUCAAAGCUCCGGCUUACAAUGCCUUUUUCUGUUUUCAGGAACUGUAGCUGCUUUUGGAAACCUGUACAUACUUUGUAGCAUUUGUGUGUUCGCACUUAAGUUGUGUGAUUAUCUGAAAGCUAUUAUUUAUUGCUGUCUUUCACACUGGAAGUUUGUAAAAUAAAGAAACUGCAAGCUGC